CGUAGCAGUCCGUAAAAGCAGAAAUAACACAUGGUUUUAUUUUUAACUUUGCGAGCAUUUAAAAACCAGAUAAACUAUGACUUCUUGAGGUCGCCGAUUGACACAUCCCCAAUUUAAAAGUAUUAUUGAUGACCUUAAAAAUACUUCAUUGCUUGAUCAAUGGAAUGACUGGUCAAGCUGCAAUACUUCUAAUGGAUAUGGGUUUAUGAACAGAACAAGAAACUUUUAUGAGUUAGAAAACACAACGUGGAUUUUAACUAAAGUUUUACCUGAUCUAAACGAAUGCUACAUAUAUAAAGAUGCGUGUCAGAAGAUUAACUAUGUAAUAGAGGACAUCCCAACUGCUUUAGAGAAAACAAGAAAUAUCACUGCAAUGCCAAUACUGGAUAAAGAGUUUUUAAUUUCAUUUGAUUUCAUUCCGUAUUCAUUGAGUAGUGACUUAAGUAGUAUUAUUCAUUUCAUUAAUGAUUCUAAUGGUACUGGUUAUCCAGGAGUAUGGCUUGACAGUCGUGGAGUUCUUCAAGUUACAGCUAUGAUUGAUGGCGCUGAUUUCACGUUUAACACCAGUUUGACACUUUCACUAAAUGAAUGGUCAAAAAUUGAGAUCAGUCAAAUUUUGGUAAACGGAAGUUAUGCAUAUCAAAUCAAAGUAAACGACACAAUUGUUGCAUCUAAAAUCAACACACAAGUUCGAAGUUUUAAAAAUGUUGUAUUAUACGCUUCAAAUCCAUGGAACGUUUCUCAAAAUGGCUCAAUAAAAAAUGUUUUUGUUGCCAACAAUCAAGCGGUUUUAUCAAGUUCUUUGUUACAAUGGAGCAACUGGUCAAGCUGCAAUACAUCCAGUGGAUAUGGCUAUAGUAACAGAACAAGAUAUUUGGGUGAAGAAUGCUUUACACAAACACAGGAAUGUUAUGUAUAUAAAGAUGCGUGUCAGAAGAUUAACUAUGUAAUAGAGGACAUCCCAACUGCUUUAGAGAAAACAAGAAAUAUCACUGCAAUGCCAAUACUGGAUAAAGAGUUUUUAAUUUCAUUUGAUUUCAUUCCGUAUUCAUUGAGUAGUGACUUAAGUAGUAUUAUUCAUUUCAUUAAUGAUUCUAAUGGUACUGGUUAUCCAGGAGUAUGGCUUGACAGUCGUGGAGUUCUUCAAGUUACAGCUAUGAUUGAUGGCGCUGAUUUCACGUUUAACACCAGUUUGACACUUUCACUAAAUGAAUGGUCAAAAAUUGAGAUCAGUCAAAUUUUGGUAAACGGAAGUUAUGCAUAUCAAAUCAAAGUAAACGACACAAUUGUUGCAUCUAAAAUCAACACACAAGUUCGAAGUUUUAAAAAUGUUGUAUUAUACGCUUCAAAUCCAUGGAACGUUUCUCAAAAUGGCUCAAUAAAAAAUGUUUUUGUUGCCAACAAUCAAGCGGUUUUAUCAAGUUCUUUGUUACAAUGGAGCAACUGGUCAAGCUGCAAUACAUCCAGUGGAUAUGGCUAUAGUAACAGAACAAGAUAUUUGGGUGAAGAAUGCUUUACACAAACACAGGAAUGUUAUGUAUAUAAAGAUGCGUGUCAGAAGAUUAACUAUGUAAUAGAGGACAUCCCAACUGCUUUAGAGAAAACAAGAAAUAUCACUGCAAUGCCAAUACUGGAUAAAGAGUUUUUAAUUUCAUUUGAUUUCAUUCCGUAUUCAUUGAGUAGUGACUUAAGUAGUAUUAUUCAUUUCAUUAAUGAUUCUAAUGGUACUGGUUAUCCAGGAGUAUGGCUUGACAGUCGUGGAGUUCUUCAAGUUACAGCUAUGAUUGAUGGCGCUGAUUUCACGUUUAACACCAGUUUGACACUUUCACUAAAUGAAUGGUCAAAAAUUGAGAUCAGUCAAAUUUUGGUAAACGGAAGUUAUGCAUAUCAAAUCAAAGUAAACGACACAAUUGUUGCAUCUAAAAUCAACACACAAGUUCGAAGUUUUAAAAAUGUUGUAUUAUACGCUUCAAAUCCAUGGAACGUUUCUCAAAAUGGCUCAAUAAAAAAUGUUUUUGUUGCCAACAAUCAAGUGGUUUUAUCAAGUUCUUUGUUACAAUGGAGCAACUGGUCAAGCUGCAAUACAUCCAGUGGAUAUGGCUAUAGUAACAGAACAAGAUAUUUGGGUGAAGAAUGCUUUACACAAACACAGGAAUGUUAUGUAUAUAAAGAUGCGUGUCAGAAGAUUAACUAUGUAAUAGAGGACAUCCCAACUGCUUUAGAGAAAACAAGAAAUAUCACUGCAAUGCCAAUACUGGAUAAAGAGUUUUUAAUUUCAUUUGAUUUCAUUCCGUAUUCAUUGAGUAGUGACUUAAGUAGUAUUAUUCAUUUCAUUAAUGAUUCUAAUGGUACUGGUUAUCCAGGAGUAUGGCUUGACAGUCGUGGAGUUCUUCAAGUUACAGCUAUGAUUGAUGGCGCUGAUUUCACGUUUAACACCAGUUUGACACUUUCACUAAAUGAAUGGUCAAAAAUUGAGAUCAGUCAAAUUUUGGUAAACGGAAGUUAUGCAUAUCAAAUCAAAGUAAACGACACAAUUGUUGCAUCUAAAAUCAACACACAAGUUCGAAGUUUUAAAAAUGUUGUAUUAUACGCUUCAAAUCCAUGGAACGUUUCUCAAAAUGGCUCAAUAAAAAAUGUUUUUGUUGCCAACAAUCAAGCGGUUUUAUCAAGUUCUUUGUUACAAUGGAGCAACUGGUCAAGCUGCAAUACAUCCAGUGGAUAUGGCUAUAGUAACAGAACAAGAUAUUUGGGUGAAGAAUGCUUUACACAAACACAGGAAUGUUAUGUAUAUAAAGAUGCGUGUCAGAAGAUUAACUAUGUAAUAGAGGACAUCCCAACUGCUUUAGAGAAAACAAGAAAUAUCACUGCAAUGCCAAUACUGGAUAAAGAGUUUUUAAUUUCAUUUGAUUUCAUUCCGUAUUCAUUGAGUAGUGACUUAAGUAGUAUUAUUCAUUUCAUUAAUGAUUCUAAUGGUACUGGUUAUCCAGGAGUAUGGCUUGACAGUCGUGGAGUUCUUCAAGUUACAGCUAUGAUUGAUGGCGCUGAUUUCACGUUUAACACCAGUUUGACACUUUCACUAAAUGAAUGGUCAAAAAUUGAGAUCAGUCAAAUUUUGGUAAACGGAAGUUAUGCAUAUCAAAUCAAAGUAAACGACACAAUUGUUGCAUCUAAAAUCAACACACAAGUUCGAAGUUUUAAAAAUGUUGUAUUAUACGCUUCAAAUCCAUGGAACGUUUCUCAAAAUGGCUCAAUAAAAAAUGUUUUUGUUGCCAACAAUCAAGUGGUUUUAUCAAGUUCUUUGUUACAAUGGAGCAACUGGUCAAGCUGCAAUACAUCCAGUGGAUAUGGCUAUAGUAACAGAACAAGAUAUUUGGGUGAAGAAUGCUUUACACAAACACAGGAAUGUUAUGUAUAUAAAGAUGCGUGUCAGAAGAUUAACUAUGUAAUAGAGGACAUCCCAACUGCUUUAGAGAAAACAAGAAAUAUCACUGCAAUGCCAAUACUGGAUAAAGAGUUUUUAAUUUCAUUUGAUUUCAUUCCGUAUUCAUUGAGUAGUGACUUAAGUAGUAUUAUUCAUUUCAUUAAUGAUUCUAAUGGUACUGGUUAUCCAGGAGUAUGGCUUGACAGUCGUGGAGUUCUUCAAGUUACAGCUAUGAUUGAUGGCGCUGAUUUCACGUUUAACACCAGUUUGACACUUUCACUAAAUGAAUGGUCAAAAAUUGAGAUCAGUCAAAUUUUGGUAAACGGAAGUUAUGCAUAUCAAAUCAAAGUAAACGACACAAUUGUUGCAUCUAAAAUCAACACACAAGUUCGAAGUUUUAAAAAUGUUGUAUUAUACGCUUCAAAUCCAUGGAACGUUUCUCAAAAUGGCUCAAUAAAAAAUGUUUUUGUUGCCAACAAUCAAGCGGUUUUAUCAAGUUCUUUGUUACAAUGGAGCAACUGGUCAAGCUGCAAUACAUCCAGUGGAUAUGGCUAUAGUAACAGAACAAGAUAUUUGGGUGAAGAAUGCUUUACACAAACACAGGAAUGUUAUGUAUAUAAAGAUGCAUGUCAGAUGAUUAACUAUGUAAUAGAGGACAUUCCAACUGCUUUAGAGAAAACAAGAAAUAUCACUGCAAUGCCAAUACUGGAUAAAGAGUUUUUAAUUUCAUUUGAUUUCAUUCCGUAUUCAUUGAGUAGUGACUUAAGUAGUAUUAUUCAUUUCAUUAAUGAUUCUAAUGGUACUGGUUAUCCAGGAGUAUGGCUUGACAGUCGUGGAGUUCUUCAAGUUACAGCUAUGAUUGAUGGCGCUGAUUUCACGUUUAACACCAGUUUGACACUUUCACUAAAUGAAUGGUCAAAAAUUGAGAUCAGUCAAAUUUUGGUAAACGGAAGUUAUGCAUAUCAAAUCAAAGUAAAUGACACAAUUGUUGCAUCUAAAAUCAACACACAAGUUCGAAGUUUUAAAAAUGUUGUAUUAUACGCUUCAAAUCCAUGGAACGUUUCUCAAAAUGGCUCAAUAAAAAACGUUUUUAUUGCCAACAAUCAAGCAGUUUUAUUGAGUUCUUUGUUUCAAUGGAGCAACUGGUCAAGCUGCAAUACAUCCAGUGGAUAUGGCUAUAGUAACAGAACAAGAUAUUUGAGUAAAGAAUGUUUCACAGAUUUCCAAGAAUGUUAUGUAUAUAAAGAUAAGUGUCAGAUGAUUAACUAUGUAAUAGAAGACAUCCCAACUUCUUUAGAGAAAACAAAAAAUAUCACUGAAAUUCCAAUACUGGAUAGAGAAUUUUUAAUUUCAUUUGAUUUUAUUCCGUAUUCAUUCACCAGUAAUUUAAGCAGUAUUCUUCAUUUCAUUAAUGAUUCUAGUGAUAUUAGAAAUGGCUAUCCAGGAGUCUGGCUUGACAGUCUUGGAGUUCUUCAAGUUACAGCUAUGAUUGAUGGCGCUGAUUUCACGUUUAACACCAAUUUGACACUUUCACUAAAUGAAUGGUCAAAAAUUGAGAUCAGUCAAAUUUUGAUAAACGGAAGUUAUGUGUAUCAAAUUAAAGUAAACGACACAAAUGUUACAUCUAAAAUCAACACACAAGUUCGAAGUUUUAAAAAUGUUGUAUUAUACGCUUCAAAUCCAUGGAAUGUUACUCAAAAUGGCUCAAUAAAAAAUGUUUUUGUUGCAAACAAUCAAGCAGUUUUAUCAAGUUCUCUGUUACAAUGGAGCAACUGGUCAAGCUGCAAUACAUCCAGUGGAUAUGGCUAUAGUAACAGAACAAGGUAUUUGGGUAAAGAAUGUUUCACAGAUUUCCUGGAAUGUUAUGUAUAUAAAGAUACGUGUCAGAUGAUUAACUAUGUAAUAGAGGACAUCCCAACUCCUCUUAAGAAGGCAAAAAAUAUCACCAGAAUGCCGAUACUGGAUAUAGAAUUUUUAAUUUCAUUUGAUUUUAUGGCAUUUUCAUUUAACAGCAAUAUUAACAGUAUUAUUCAUUUCUUUAUUGAUACUAAUAAUAUUACAAAUAGUUAUCCAGGCGUUUGGCUUAAUAAUCUUGGAGUUCUUCAAGUUUCAGCUCUGGUUAAUGGUACUGAUUUCAUAUUUCGCACUAAUUCCUCGCUUCCACUAAAUCAAUGGUCAAAAAUUGAGAUCAGUCAAACUUUCAUAAAUGGAAGUUAUUCAUAUAAAAUCAAAGUAAACGACACAUAUGUUGUAUCUGCAAUCAACAGAAAAGUUCGAAGUUUUAAAAAUGUUGUAUUAUACGCUUCAAGUCCAUGGAAUGUUUCUCAAAAUGGCUCAAUAAAAAAUGUUUUUGUUGCCAACAAUCAAGCAGUUUUAUUAAGUUCUUUGUUACAAUGGAACACUUGGUCAGUCUGCAAUACCUCAAAUGGAUAUGGGUUUAAUAACAGAACAAGGUAUUUGGGUGAAGAUUGCUCUACAGAAUUUAGAGAAUGUUAUGUAUAUAAAGCACCAUUGUGGAAUGUUGUUAACACAGUUUCUAUGCAAGGAAAUUUGACUUCACUAAACUUACAAAUUUAUCCAACAUUCAUAAAACCGUCAAAUGUUAGUUUGGAGUUUGAAUACUUCUUGCCACCAUUUUUUACAUUUACAUCUGACAUUGUCAUUCAACGUUUUGUUCGGACUCAAACCAAUCGAAUUAAGUAUUCAUUCAACGGAAAUUUUACUUAUUCGGAUUCAUUUAAUUACAUUUUUACUGCAAUUUAUAAUAACUCGUUGUGUCCAAUAUCUGGAGUAUUUAUAUUAGAAAUUCCGUUGAUGUUGUCACUCCAUGUUGAAACAGAAAAACGUGAGAGAAUAGCUAGAACAUUUCAAAAGCAAGUUGAAUGUUUCAACAAUCCAAAAAUACCAAUCAGUCCAAAUCAACAAUUUCUCAAAGGAAGUUAUGGGCGAGGAAUAUAUUGGGAUGCAUAUAAAAGUCAUAUAUAUGUAUGUAUGAGUCAACAUUACCCUAGUACAAAACCUGUUUGUUAUUUCUCGGAUGAUGAAGGAUAUUUAUGGACAGCCAUGGAUAUUCGAAUUGGUUCCGUUCUCGGUCGUCACUCCGUAACAAGAGAACUUUAUGCGGUUCAUAGGAAUAGAAAAAUGUAUUUGGUGUUCCAUAAGUACUACAACAAAUGGUUGGCCAUAACCAAUCAGCAAUUUUUAGUUAGGGUUUCCAGCUAUCUUGAUUCAACAUAUGUUAAAAAUUUGGAAGGUGAUUAUGAACAAACUUAUACUCUUGGGACAUAUCAAUGGUUAGGUAACACUGAAGGACUUUUUUUCCGAAAGCUGACAGGCGAUUCAUGGGUACAAAUAGUGAAAUGGAUACUCUAAAUGAUUUUUUGGUUGACGCUUUUAAUCGUAGUUAAUCUCGGCCAAAUUCUACAAAAAUCGUUUUUUGAAAAUAUGUAACGAUUCGAAAACAUUUUAUUUUUUGAAUGGCGCUUUUAAUCGUAGUUUAUUCCGACUAGAGGUGAGUUUCCACUCAUCCGUUUUUUGACGGGAACGGGAUAGGAAAGGGAACAUUAAUCACGUGAGCGUACGUAGUUUUCCUUCAGAUAUAUUAAAACUUAUACUACGCAUGCCCGCGUGAUUAUUUUUACCGUCCCUUUCCCAUUCCCGUAAAAAAACGGAUGAGUGGAAACUUGCCUUAAAGCUUGGAUCUAAAAGAAAUGUAACGAAAUGAAAACGUUUUAUACAUUGUAUACAUUGCAAUAAAUCUCCUAACGGAACAAUAUUUGAA